AUGUCUCCUGGAGAUAGUCUUCAAGGGAACUUCAUUAGAAACUGCAGUGUGGAUCGUGACUUAAACUUAGAUCCUGACUCUUCGACUAUAGGGAGCACUGCUACACAGUCAAGUACUUUACAAACAGCAAAUCCUUCCACCAGCCUUCUCACCACUUCUGGAUCAACAACAGGAACUUCUCAGGCUCCUUCCACUCAGGGGACAGAGAGCACCACUGCUGGACCAACCACUGUCAGUCAACAGCCAGGAGCCUCCACUCAGACUACAGACACUCAGAAGACCACAACCUUGGAAACCUCCUCACACAAUUCUAUUCAGACAACAGCUGAAUCCAUAACCUCUACUCCAGUGAUCACAACACUCUCUCAGCCACGAAGUACAGAUUCAACUCCCACAACACUUUCCUCCUCUGAAGGAAGCACUGCUACAGAGUCAACUACUUUACAAACAACAACUCCUUCCACCAGCCUUCUCACCACUUCUGGAUCAACAACAGGAACUUCUCAGGCUCCUUCCACUCAGGGGACAGAGAGCACCACUGCUGGACCAACCACUGUCAGUCAACAGCCAGGAGCCUCCAUUCAGACUACAGACACUCAGAAGACCACAACCUUGGAAACCUCCUCACACAGUUCUAUUCAGACAACAGCUGAAUCCAUAACCUCUACUCCAGUGAGCACCACAGUCCCUCAGUCAGGAAGUUCAGGUUCAACUCCCACAACUUUUUCCUCCACCAUAGGGAGCACUGCUACAGAGUCAACUACUUUACAAACAACAACUCCUUCCACCAGCCUUCUCACCACUUCUGGAUCAACAACAGGAACUUCUCAGGCUCCUUCCACUCAGGGAACAGAGAGCACCACUGCUGGACCAACCACUGUCAGUCAACAGCCAGGAACCUCCACUCAGACUACAGACACUCAGAAGACCACAACCUUGGAAACCUCUUCACACAGUUCUAUUCAGACAACAGCUGAAUCCAUAACCUCUACUCCAGUGAUCACAACACUCCCUCAGUCAGGAAGUACAGGUUCAACUCUCACAACUUUUUCCUCCACCACAGGGAGCACUGCUACAGAGUCAACUACUUUACAAACAACAACUCCUUCAACCAGCCUUCUCACCACUUCUGGAUCAACAACAGGAAUUUCUCAGGCUCCUUCCACUCAGGGGACAGAGAGCACCACUGCUGGAUCAACCACUGUCAGUCAACAGCCAGGAGCCUCCACUCAGACUACAGACACUCAGAAGACCACAACCUUGGAAACCUCCUCACACAGUUCUAUUCAGACAACAGCUGAAUCCAUAACCUCUACUCCAGUGACCACAACACUCUCUCAGCCACGAAGUACAGGUUCAACUCCCACAACUUUUUCCUCCACCACAGGGAGCACUCCUACAGAGUCAACUACUUUACAAACAACAACUCCUUCCACCAGCCUUCUCACCACUUCUGGAUCAACAACAGGAACUUCUCAGGCUCCUUCCACUCAGGGAACAGAGAGCACCACUGCUGGACCAACCACUGUCAGUCAACAGCCAGGAACUUCCACUCAAACUACAGACACUCAGAAGACCACAACCUUGGAAACCUCCUCACACAAUUCUAUUCAGACAACAGCUGAAUCCAUAACCUCUACUCCAGUGACCACAACACUCUCUCAGUCAGGAAGUACAGGUUCAACUCCCACAACACUUUCCUCCUCUGAAGGAAGCACUGCUACAGAGUCAACUACUUUACAAACAACAACUCCUUCCACCAGCCUUCUCACCACUUCUGGAUCAACAACAGGAACUUCUCAGGCUCCUUCCACUCAGGGGACAGAGAGCACCACUGCUGGAUCAACCACUGUCAGUCAACAGCCAGGAACCUCAACUCAGACUACAGACACUCAGAAGACCACAACCUUGGAAACCUCUUCACACAGUUCUAUUCAGACAACAGCUGAAUCCAUAACCUCUACUCAAGUGACCACAACACUCUCUCAGUCAGGAAGUACAGGUUCAACUCCCACAACACUUUCCUCCACUGAAGGAAGCACUGCUACAGAGUCAACUACUUUACAAACAGCAACUCCUUCCACCAGCCUUCUCACCACUUCUGGAUCAACAACAGGAACUUCUCAGGCUCCUUCCACUCAGGGAACAGAGAGCACCACUGCUGGACCAACCACUGUCAGUCAACAGCCAGGAACCUCCACUCAGACUACAGACACUCAGAAGACCACAACCUUGGAAACCUCCUCACACAGUUCUAUUCAGACAACAGCUGAAUCCAUAACCUCUACUCCAGUGAUCACAACACUCCCUCAGUCAGGAAGUACAGGUUCAACUCUCACAACUUUUUCCUCCACCACAGGGAGCACUGCUACAGAGUCAACUACUUUACAAACAACAACUCCUUCCACCAGCCUUCUCACCACUUCUGGAUCAACAACAGGAACUUCUCAGGCUCCUUCCACUCAGGGGACAGAGAGCACCACUACUGGACCAACCACUGUCAGUCAACAGCCAGGAACCUCAACUCAGACUACAGACACUCAGAAGACCACAACCUUGGAAACCUCUUCACACAGUUCUAUUCAGACAACAGCUGAAUCCAUAACCUCUACUCCAGUUACCGCCACAGUCUCUCAGUCAGGAAGUACAGGUUCCACUCUCACAACUUUUUCCUCCACCACAGGGAGCACUGCUACAGAGUCAACUACUUUACAAACAACAACUCCUUCCACCAGCCUUCUCACCACUUCUGGAUCAACAACAGGAACUUCUCAGGCUCCUUCCACUCAGGGGACAGAGAGCACCACUGCUGGACCAACCACUGUCAGUCAACAGCCAGGAGCCUCCACUCAGACUACAGACACUCAGAAGACCACAACCUUGGAAACCUCCUCACACAGUUCUAUUCAGACAACAGCUGAAUCCAUAACCUCUACUCCAGUGAGCACCACAGUCCCUCAGUCAGGAAGUCCAGGUUCAACUCUCACAACUUUUUCCUCCACCACAGGGAGCACUGCUACAGAGUCAACUACUUUACAAACAACAACUCCUUCCACCAGCCUUCUCACCACUUCUGGAUCAACAACAGGAACUUCUCAGGCUCCUUCCACUCAGGGGACAGAGAGCACCACUGCUGGACCAACCACUGUCAGUCAACAGCCAGGAACCUCCACUCAGACUACAGACACUCAGAAGACCACAACCUUGGAAACCUCCUCACACAGUUCUAUUCAGACAACAGCUGAAUCCAUAACCUCUACUCCAGUGACCACAACACUCUCUCAGCCACGAAGUACAGGUUCAACUCCCACAACUUUUUCCUCCACCAUAGGGAGCACUGCUACAGAGUCAACUACUUUACAAACAACAACUCCUUCCACCAGCCUUCUCACCACUUCUGGAUCAACAACAGGAACUUCUCAGGCUCCUUCCACUCAGGGGACAGAGAGCACCACUGCUGGAUCAACCACUGUCAGUCAACAGCCAGGAGCCUCCACUCAGACUACAGACACUCAGAAGACCACAACCUUGGAAACCUCCUCACAUAGUUCUAUUCAGACAACAGCUGAAUCCAUAACCUCUACUCCAGUGAGCACCACAGUCCCUCAGUCAGGAAGUACAGGUUCAACUCUCACAACUUUUUCCUCCACCACAGGGAGCACUGCUACAGAGUCAACUACUUUACAAACAACAACUCCUUCCACCAGCCUUCUCACCACUUCUGGAUCAACAACAGGAACUUCUCAGGCUCCUUCCACUCAGGGAACAGAGAGCACCACUGCUGGACCAACCACUGUCAGUCAACAGCCAGGAACCUCAACUCAGACUACAGACACUCAGAAGACCACAACCUUGGAAACCUCUUCACACAGUUCUAUUCAGACAACAGCUGCAUCCAUAACCUCUACUCCAGUUACCGCCACAGUCUCUCAGUCAGGAAGUACAGGUUCCACUCUCACAACUUUUUCCUCCACCACAGGGAGCACUGCUACAGAGUCAACUACUUUACAAACAGCAACUCCUUCCACCAGCCUUCUCACCACUUCUGGAUCAACAACAGGAACUUCUCAGGCUCCUUCCACUCAGGGGACAGAGAGCACCACUGCUGGACCAACCACUGUCAGUCAACAGCCAGGAGCCUCCACUCAGACUACAGACACUCAGAAGACCACAACCUUGGAAACCUCCUCACACAGUUCUAUUCAGACAACAGCUGAAUCCAUAACCUCUACUCCAGUGAGCACCACAGUCCCUCAGUCAGGAAGUACAGGUUCAACUCUCACAACUUUUUCCUCCACCACAGGGAGCACUGCUACAGAGUCAACUACUUUACAAACAGCAACUCCUUCCACCAGCCUUCUCACCACUUCUGGAUCAACAACCGGAACUUCUCAGGCUCCUUCCACUCAGGGGACAGAGAGCACCACUGCUGGACCAACCACUGUCAGUCAACAGCCAGGAACCUCCACUCAGACUACAGACACUCAGAAGACCACAACCUUGGAAACCUCCUCACACAGUUCUAUUCAGACAACAGCUGAAUCCAUAACCUCUACUCCAGUGACCACAACACUCUCUCAGCCACGAAGUACAGGUUCAACUCCCACAACUUUUUCCUCCACCAUAGGGAGCACUGCUACAGAGUCAACUACUUUACAAACAACAACUCCUUCCACCAGCCUUCUCACCACUUCUGGAUCAACAACAGGAACUUCUCAGGCUCCUUCCACUCAGGGGACAGAGAGCACCACUGCUGGAUCAACCACUGUCAGUCAACAGCCAGGAGCCUCCACUCAGACUACAGACACUCAGAAGACCACAACCUUGGAAACCUCCUCACAUAGUUCUAUUCAGACAACAGCUGAAUCCAUAACCUCUACUCCAGUGAGCACCACAGUCCCUCAGUCAGGAAGUACAGGUUCAACUCUCACAACUUUUUCCUCCACCACAGGGAGCACUGCUACAGAGUCAACUACUUUACAAACAACAACUCCUUCCACCAGCCUUCUCACCACUUCUGGAUCAACAACAGGAACUUCUCAGGCUCCUUCCACUCAGGGAACAGAGAGCACCACUGCUGGACCAACCACUGUCAGUCAACAGCCAGGAACCUCAACUCAGACUACAGACACUCAGAAGACCACAACCUUGGAAACCUCUUCACACAGUUCUAUUCAGACAACAGCUGAAUCCAUAACCUCUACUCCAGUUACCGCCACAGUCUCUCAGUCAGGAAGUACAGGUUCCACUCUCACAACUUUUUCCUCCACCACAGGGAGCACUGCUACAGAGUCAACUACUUUACAAACAGCAACUCCUUCCACCAGCCUUCUCACCACUUCUGGAUCAACAACAGGAACUUCUCAGGCUCCUUCCACUCAGGGGACAGAGAGCACCACUGCUGGACCAACCACUGUCAGUCAACAGCCAGGAGCCUCCACUCAGACUACAGACACUCAGAAGACCACAACCUUGGAAACCUCCUCACACAGUUCUAUUCAGACAACAGCUGAAUCCAUAACCUCUACUCCAGUGAGCACCACAGUCCCUCAGUCAGGAAGUACAGGUUCAACUCUCACAACUUUUUCCUCCACCACAGGGAGCACUGCUACAGAGUCAACUACUUUACAAACAGCAACUCCUUCCACCAGCCUUCUCACCACUUCUGGAUCAACAACCGGAACUUCUCAGGCUCCUUCCACUCAGGGGACAGAGAGCACCACUGCUGGACCAACCACUGUCAGUCAACAGCCAGGAACCUCCACUCAGACUACAGACACUCAGAAGACCACAACCUUGGAAACCUCCUCACACAGUUCUAUUCAGACAACAGCUGAAUCCAUAACCUCUACUCCAGUGAUCACAACACUCCCUCAGUCAGGAAGUACAGGUUCAACUCUCACAACUUUUUCCUCCACCACAGGGAGCACUGCUACAGAGUCAACUACUUUACAAACAGCAACUCCUUCCACCAGCCUUCUCACCACUUCUGGAUCAACAACAGGAACUUCUCAGGCUCCUUCCACUCAGGGGACAGAGAGCACCACUGCUGGACCAACCACUGUCAGUCAACAGCCAGGAACCUCCACUCAGACUACAGACACUCAGAAGACCACAACCUUGGAAACCUCCUCACACAGUUCUAUUCAAACAACAGCUGAAUCCAUAACCUCUACUCCAGUGAUCACAACACUCCCUCAGUCAGGAAGUACAGGUUCAACUCUCACAACUUUUUCCUCCACCACAGGGAGCACUGCUACAGAGUCAACUACUUUACAAACAACAACUCCUUCCACCAGCCUUCUCACCACUUCUGGAUCAACAACAGGAAUUUCUCAGGCUCCUUCCACUCAGGGAACAGAGAGCACCACUGCUGGACCAACCACUGUCAGUCAACAGCCAGGAGCCUCCACUCAGACUACAGACACUCAGAAGACCACAACCUUGGAAACCUCCUCACACAGUUCUAUUCAGACAACAGCUGAAUCCAUAACCUCUACUCCAGUGAGCACCACAGUCCCUCAGUCAGGAAGUACAGGUUCCACUCUCACAACUUUUUCCUCCACCACAGGGAGCACUGCUACAGAGUCAACUACUUUACAAACAGCAACUCCUUCCACCAGCCUUCUCACCACUUCUGGAUCAACAACAGGAACUUCUCAGGCUCCUUCCACUCAGGGGACAGAGAGCACCACUGCUGGACCAACCACUGUCAGUCAACAGCCAGGAGCCUCCACUCAGACUACAGACACUCAGAAGACCACAACCUUGGAAACCUCCUCACACAGUUCUAUUCAGACAACAGCUGAAUCCAUAACCUCUACUCCAGUGAGCACCACAGUCCCUCAGUCAGGAAGUACAGGUUCAACUCUCACAACUUUUUCCUCCACCACAGGGAGCACUGCUACAGAGUCAACUACUUUACAAACAGCAACUCCUUCCACCAGCCUUCUCACCACUUCUGGAUCAACAACAGGAACUUCUAAGGCUCCUUCCACUCAGGGGACAGAGAGCACCACUGCUGGACCAACCACUGUCAGUCAACAGCCAGGAACCUCCACUCAGACUACAGACACUCAGAAGACCACAACCUUGGAAACCACCUCACACAGUUCUAUUCAGACAACAGCUGAAUCCAUAACCUCUACUCCAGUGAGCACCACAGUCCCUCAGUCAGGAAGUACAGGUUCCACUCUCACAACUUUUUCCUCCACCACAGGGAGCACUGCUACAGAGUCAACUACUUUACAAACAGCAACUCCUUCCACCAGCCUUCUCACCACUUCUGGAUCAACAACAGGAACUUCUCAGGCUCCUUCCACUCAGGGGACAGAGAGCACCACUGCUGGACCAACCACUGUCAGUCAACAGCCAGGAGCCUCCACUCAGACUACAGACACUCAGAAGACCACAACCUUGGAAACCUCCUCACACAGUUCUAUUCAGACAACAGCUGAAUCCAUAACCUCUACUCCAGUGAGCACCACAGUCCCUCAGUCAGGAAGUACAGGUUCAACUCUCACAACUUUUUCCUCCACCACAGGGAGCACUGCUACAGAGUCAACUACUUUACAAACAGCAACUCCUUCCACCAGCCUUCUCACCACUUCUGGAUCAACAACAGGAACUUCUAAGGCUCCUUCCACUCAGGGGACAGAGAGCACCACUGCUGGACCAACCACUGUCAGUCAACAGCCAGGAACCUCCACUCAGACUACAGACACUCAGAAGACCACAACCUUGGAAACCACCUCACACAGUUCUAUUCAGACAACAGCUGAAUCCAUAACCUCUACUCCAGUGAGCACCACAGUCCCUCAGUCAGGAAGUCCAGGUUCAACUCUCACAACUUUUUCCUCCACCACAGGGAGCACUGCUACAGAGUCAACUACUUUACAAACAACAACUCCUUCCACCAGCCUUCUCACCACUUCUGGAUCAACAACAGGAACUUCUCAGGCUCCUUCCACUCAGGGGACAGAGAGCACCACUGCUGGACCAACCACUGUCAGUCAACAGCCAGGAACCUCCACUCAAACUACAGACACUCAGAAGACCACAACCUUGGAAACCACCUCACACAGUUCUAUUCAGACAACAGCUGAAUCCAUAACCUCUACUCCAGUUACCGCCAUAGUCUCUCAGCCAGGAAGUACAGGUUCAACUCCCACAACACUUUCCUCCAUCACAGGGAGCACUGCUACAGAGUCAACUACUUUACAAACAGCAACUCUUUCCACCAGCCUUCUCACCACUUCUGGAUCAACAACAGGAACCUCUCAGGCUCCUUCCACUCAGGGGACAGAGAGCACCACUGCUGGACCAACCACUGUCAGUCAAAAACCAGGAACCUCCUCCCAGACUACAGACACUCAGGAGGCAACAACUAUCACCUCAAGCACCUCUCAUAUGUUUCCCACUAUAAUAACAACUGAAUCUAUAAUCCCUCCUGGAAUCACCACAGAACCUCCAUUAAGGGGCACAGAUUCCAGUAUUCCUACUACUCUCAGGUCUUCUUCAUCCACUACAGGUGUUACCUCUCCAAAACCGUCUUCAGCUUUCAUCACAACUCAUGCUUCUUCCACUUUCAGUCUCACAUCUGCUAUUGCCACAAAAGGAACCUUCUCCACAACCACAGAAAGAUCCACUCUUUCCCCAAUCAGAAGUACAAACACAGGAGUCAGUGAGAGCAUUGUUCCUGUAACUAUUCCUUCCUUGAAUCAAGAUCCACUUACCAGCACAUAUGUGUCCAGCACUACAAGCCAGGUUCCUGUACACACAACCACUGCCACAACCCAUUUUGGUUCCUCCAUUAUGGUGACACCCUUUGUGAGUUCUACAGGCCUCUCAAGCACCACAGUUGUUCCAUCAGCAUCAUCCGUGUCCCAACCAUCAACCAAGACAGAAGCUUUUACCUCCAUAGCACCUACCACUGGUCAAAGUCUGGAGCCAUCUCAACAGUCAACCAGGAGCUCUGCCUUUACAGAGACUACAAGUAUCAUUCCAAGUUUGUCUUCUAGUUAUACUAGACCUCCUAGCUCUACAAAAAGUACAUCUACUGCAGUCAUCAACUCCACCUCUUCCACACAGCUCCCCAUUAUCUCAUCCUCUGGAACCACUGUCAUUACAAGUCAAACUCUUUCAUCCACAAAUCACAUCACCAGUCCACCUGUUCGAAGCACAUCUACAUCCAACCUUCUCCAAUCCAGCACAACGAUCCCAAUGACUUCUAAGAAUGCUUCAACUUCCCUUGCACCAGGUUUUCUAUUAUUCCCCUAUGGACAGGACCAAAGAUAUAUCAGAAGAAGAGUGGACUUUACUGUAGGAGUCUUCAAACCUGAAAUUGGAUUUCCCUUUGGUUCAACACUCCGGGAUUUCCUCUAUUUCACAGACAAUGGCCAGAUCAUCUUUCCGCCGUCAGAAUAUGAUAUUUUCUCCUACCCCAAUCCACCUCGCAAUGGCUUUACAGUCAACUACCAUUUGGCCACAGUGGCUGCAUUUUGGGCCGAUGCUGAUUUUUCCAGGGGCAGAGGAGAGAUAUUUUACCAGGAAUAUAGGACAUUCUAUGGGGAAAAAGACAACUUUUUGAAAGAAGUGGAGUAUUGGAUUCAAAAAUGUACUCGUUUCCAGUAUGAGGCCAGAUGGACUCUGAAGAUCACAUGGGUUAAAUCCCCUCCUUACCCAGCCCAAAGAAUAUCUGGGGACAACACCUUCCAGGCCAUCCUCACGACAGAUGGGAGCCGAUCUUUUGCCUUGAUCCUUUACCAGAACGGUGGGAUGCAGUGGGCUGUGCCCCCACCCUCAGCAGCUGAUGCUCUCAUGGGCUUCUCCAGUGGAGAUGGAUUUGUCUUCAAUGAUCCACUGUGGCUCAGACCCCCAGAGGAGAAAUACCGUCCAGAUCAGGUGAAAGGUUCUAAAACAGGCUACAGGGGUUUUCAGAUAUACACAUUACACAAAGAGCAGAGACCCAACUACCGCCUGAAGUGUCUACAGUGGCUGCAUCAGAACUCAAAGAGUAGAUGGAACUGGAACCUGAUUUGUCCUUGCUCCUGGCAGCAGGGCAGAUGGGACCUGCGAUUUCAGCCAAUUAGAAGAGGUGGAAUCAACAGAAAUCUCUGCAGCUUUUCCUCCUGGCAUGGGGGCAUCUGCUGUGAAUAUGGUACCAGGGGAGAGCUUCGAGGUGGCUGGAGUUUCCAGGACCCUUGGAAUCUUGACCAAGAAGCACAGGCUCAAAACUGGUGCUGCCGGUGGAAUGACAAGCCUUUCUUGUGUUAUCUGUACCAGCAGAAGAGGCCUCCUGUCAGCUGUUUGGGGUACAGACCUCCCCGCCCCGCCUGGAUGUUUGGAGAUCCCCACAUCACCACCCUGGAUGGUGCCAACUAUACUUUCAAUGGAUUGGGAGACUUUCAGCUCAUCGAGGCCAAGGAUGGAAACUCCUCCUUCCUGCUGCAGGGACGGACAGCCAAGAUGGAGUCAGCCCAAGCAACCAAAUUCAUUGCCUUUGCUGCUCAAUACCAGUCCAACAGCAUGAACAAUACAGUUCAUUGGUUUCUUAUACCUAAUGAUACAAUCCAGGUUCAACUCAAUAACCAGAAUGUGAAUUUUACAAACAAUAGUGACUUUCCAGAAGAUGAGAAGGUAUACAAUGCCUCUGGAAUUGUGUUGACUCAAAAUGGCUCUAUGAUCUCUGCCAACUUUGAUGGGACUGUGGUAGUCUCUGUGUCUUCAAACUUCAACAUUCUGCAGGCUGUUUCCUACCUACCAGAAGAGUAUCGAAACCACACUAAAGGUCUCCUAGGGGUCUGGAAUAACAAUAUCUAUGAUGACUUCAGGAUGCCCAAUGGCUCCUCCAUUCCCUAUAACAGCUCUGAAGAGGAAAUUUUUCACUAUGGAAUGACCUGGCAUGUUGGCACAAAGAACCUCUUUCCCGACAAGCAUGAUAACCUGACCAGCAACUUCACUCCUGUCUUCCUGUAUCAAUUGGAAAAUAGAUCCCACGACUGGAAUUUUCAAUGUAACAAUAAUAAACAAUGUAUUUAUGAUACUCUGGCCACGGGAAAUCUUACUAUUGGGAAGACCACCAUCUCUGUCUAUGAAAAUUUCCAGAACAUGAAUGGCACCCUCAACCAGUUCCCACCCUCCCUUUAUGGUGACACCGCCAUCCAUGCCUACAUGGGGAAGACCCAGAGAGUGACAUAUCGAAGCGACAAUGCAAAAGCCAUCUUUAUCCUUGGCCAAACCUAUCCUAAUAUCAAUUUAACAGAAAAUGGAACACUGACAUGGACGCCACAAUCCUUGAAACCUUUUAACCUUGAAAUCCUGGUGAGAAGUACGGAAGGCGUAUAUUCUAUGCUGAAGCCCCAGACUGUGGUCUGCAACUGCUCAAAUGAGGACCAGUGUAACUACAGUAAUGGCAGCAGGAUACUCAACUCAUCCCUUGAGGUGGCAGCUUGCCGAUGUAACAGUGAAAUCUCUGGCCAAUUCUGUGACCGUCAAGUUGACCUCUGUGUUGAACUGUGUUAUCCUGGGGUCUCCUGUGAUCCUAUAACAGGAUGUGGACCCUGCCCUCAGAACAUGAGAGGAGAUGGGAGACACUGUGCAAGCUGUGACGUCUUAGAGUGCCCCCAGGGCCAUUGCUUCAACAAUGGAAAAUGCCUUGUGUCCUCCACCUGCGAAUUCAGCUGUAUCUGUCCCCCACCUUUUGUCGAUGACCGCUGCUUCAUAGCUGGGAACCCCUUUUUACCAACCGUGCUUGCAGGCGUUCCUCUGAGAAUCAUCCAGCUCUUGCUCAGCGAAGAUGAAAAGGCUCUUUCAGAAGAUGUCAAUGCCACGGUCACUAAUAUGCUGGAGUCCCUAGAAGUUCAUGCUUUUCUGAAGAACAGUCAGAUUAAAAAAAUCAAUACCACCGGUCCAGGUCAGAAGUGGAAUGUGACUGCGGAAUUCCAGUACCUUCCUGUUGGCUCUGUGAUUGACUUUCUGAAUAAUAGGCUGGAAGAAGCAAUCCUACAGCUCUUCUGGAGAUGGGAUCCACCCUCAGGGAUUUCGAAUCCAAGGAAAAAUGUUACUUUUUCCCCUGUUUCAAGGAAGGAUAUCAUCAGUGUUAAAUCAGUUAAUGUGGAUGAGCUGAAAAAAUACUUCCACUGUAAUGGCAGCUACCCUGGUUACCACCUUGUCUAUGAUGACAAAACCGGCUUCUCCUGUGUCUCUCCCUGUGAUGAGGGCUACUGCAAACAUGGAGGCCUGUGUGAACACCUGCCUAGUGGGCCAAAAUGCAGAUGUGAAUCCUAUUCCAUCUAUUCCCCAUCGGGUGAACAAUGUGAACAUUUGGGCUUACGCCAGGGAGCCUUCUUUGGGAUCCUGUUUGGAACACUGGGCGUCUUCCUGCUGUUGGGAGUUGGAAUCUUCCUGAUUGUUCGAUUCUGGCGAAACUCAGGGAGAUGGGUCACCAACAGUGAUUCUGAGAGAUGAAAAACCUAGAGCCAGCUGUGGCCAAGCCUUACCCCAACCUUACCUUCACAGCUCUAUGUUCUGGUGCUUUGGGAAGAAAGUCAUUGGAAAUUAUUUCGGAUUCUUCAGGGAGAAUGGUUAAUAAAUGAAAGAAAGGACUGCUACAACACAUAUCAACAUACACACGUAUACACAAGCCACAAAGAGAUACCUCCAAUUGGUUAUUUGGAUAAGACCCAACAGGGCUUAUUUUUGGGUAAUGGGCCAAUGCACUUUGGAUGAUAUUUUGCACAUGAAACUCUGUGGGUUUACCUCUGAAUAAAUGAAAUCUAUUUAAAUCAAA